UGCGCGUUGGCCUCCAACUAGCUCUAGUUGCUGUGGUCGGGGCUCGGGACCGGCUGCCAUCUUAGUCGAGGGACCGAAGAGUCGCCGCCGCCCCGAGUCCCGGUAACAUGCAUUUAACAGCGGUCUUCUGGAGACAACGCCUUAACCCAAAGAAGUGACUCGAACGGUGAGAACUUCAGUGUCUCCUUUUCCAUGCUCAGAUUUGCUGUCCUAUUGGUGGUAUGUCUGGCAGUGGAUCACAGCUUGUUUCAAUGGGUAGCCUGACCAUGAAAUCACAACUUCAGAUCACUGUCAUUUCAGCAAAACUUAAAGAAAAUAAAAAGAAUUGGUUUGGACCAAGUCCUUAUGUGGAAGUCACAGUAGAUGGACAGUCAAAGAAGACAGAAAAAUGCAACAACACGAACAGUCCCAAAUGGAAGCAACCUCUUACAGUUAUCGUCACCCCUGUGAGUAAAUUACAUUUUCGUGUAUGGAGUCACCAGACACUGAAAUCUGAUGUUUUGUUGGGAACUGCUGCAUUAGAUAUCUUUGAAACCUUAAAGUCAAACAACAUGAAACUUGAGGAAGUAGUUGUGACUUUACAGCUUGUAGGUGACAAAGAGCCGACAGAGACAAUAGGAGACUUGUCAGUUUGUCUUGAUGGGCUGCAGUUAGAUUCUGAAGUUGUUACCAAUGGUGAAACUACAUGUUCAGAAAAUGUUAAAGGUGCUUCACAGAGUGAUGAUGGCUCCAGACCCAAGGAUGAAACAAGAACAAACACAAAUGGAUCAGAUGAGCCUGAGGAUGCAGGGGCUGGUGAAAAUAGGAAGGUCAAUGGGAAUAAUUCUCCAUCACUCUCAAAUGGUGGUUUUAAACCUUCUAGGCCUCCAAGACCUUCACGACCACCUCCACCUACCCCACGUAGACCAGCAUCUGUCAAUGGUUCCCCAUCUGCCACUUCUGAAAGUGAUGGAUCCAGUACAGGCUCUCUGCCACCAACAAAUAUAAAUUCAAAUACAUCUGAAGGAGCAACAUCUGGAUUAAUAAUUCCUCUGACUAUAUCUGGAGGCUCAGGCCCUCGGCCAUUAAAUCCUGUACCUCAGGCUCCCCUACCACCUGGUUGGGAGCAGAGAGUGGACCAGCAUGGGCGAGUUUACUAUGUAGAUCAUAUUGAAAAAAGAACAACAUGGGAUAGACCAGAACCUCUACCUCCUGGCUGGGAACGUCGGGUUGACAACAUGGGACGAAUUUACUAUGUUGACCAUUUCACAAGAACAACAACGUGGCAGAGGCCAACAUUGGAAUCCGUCCGGAACUAUGAACAGUGGCAGCUCCAACGUAGUCAGCUGCAAGGAGCAAUGCAGCAGUUUAACCAGAGAUUUAUUUAUGGGAAUCAAGAUUUGUUUACUACAUCACAAAAUAAAGAAUUUGAUCCCCUUGGUCCCCUGCCACCUGGAUGGGAGAAGAGAACAGACAGCAAUGGUAGAGUAUAUUUUGUCAACCACAACACUCGUAUCACACAGUGGGAAGAUCCCAGAAGUCAAGGUCAAUUAAAUGAAAAGCCCUUGCCUGAAGGCUGGGAAAUGAGAUUCACAGUCGAUGGAAUUCCGUAUUUUGUGGACCACAAUAGAAGAACAACCACCUAUAUCGAUCCCCGCACUGGAAAAUCUGCCCUAGACAAUGGACCACAGAUAGCCUAUGUACGGGAUUUCAAGGCAAAAGUUCAGUAUUUCCGGUUCUGGUGUCAGCAACUGGCCAUGCCACAGCACAUAAAGAUUACAGUGACAAGAAAGACAUUGUUUGAAGAUUCCUUUCAGCAGAUAAUGAGCUUCAAUCCCCAAGAUCUGCGAAGACGUUUGUGGGUGAUUUUUCCAGGAGAAGAAGGUUUAGAUUAUGGAGGUGUAGCAAGAGAGUGGUUCUUUCUUUUGUCACACGAAGUGUUGAACCCAAUGUAUUGCCUGUUUGAAUAUGCAGGGAAGGAUAACUACUGCUUGCAGAUUAAUCCUGCUUCUUACAUCAAUCCAGAUCACCUGAAAUACUUUCGUUUUAUUGGCAGGUUUAUUGCCAUGGCUCUCUUCCAUGGGAAAUUCAUAGACACAGGUUUUUCUUUGCCAUUCUAUAAACGUAUAUUGAACAAACCAGUUGGACUCAAGGAUUUAGAAUCUAUUGAUCCAGAAUUUUACAAUUCUCUCAUCUGGGUUAAAGAAAACAAUAUUGAGGAAUGUGGUUUGGAAAUGUACUUCUCUGUCGAUAAAGAAAUUUUAGGUGAAAUCAAGAGUCAUGAUUUGAAACCUAAUGGUGGCAAUAUUCUUGUGACAGAAGAAAAUAAAGAGGAAUAUAUCAGAAUGGUAGCUGAAUGGAGGUUGUCUCGAGGUGUUGAAGAACAGACACAAGCUUUCUUUGAGGGCUUUAAUGAAAUUCUUCCCCAGCAGUAUUUGCAAUACUUUGAUGCAAAGGAAUUAGAGGUCCUUUUAUGUGGAAUGCAAGAGAUUGACUUGAAUGACUGGCAAAGACAUGCCAUCUACCGCCAUUACACCAGGACAAGCAAACAAAUCAUGUGGUUUUGGCAGUUUGUUAAAGAAAUUGAUAAUGAGAAGAGAAUGAGACUUCUGCAGUUUGUUACUGGAACCUGCCGAUUGCCAGUUGGAGGAUUUGCUGACCUCAUGGGGAGUAAUGGACCACAAAAAUUCUGCAUUGAAAAGGUUGGGAAAGAAAAUUGGUUACCCAGAAGUCAUACGUGUUUUAAUCGCCUGGACCUGCCACCCUACAAGAGCUAUGAGCAACUGAAGGAAAAGCUGUUAUUUGCCAUUGAAGAAACAGAAGGAUUUGGACAAGAGUAACUUCCAAGAACUUGUGCCACCAAAGGACAAGAACUUAAUUGCAAUGUCUGUCCUUUUCCUUCUCUGCUUGUUGCACAUCUUGUUGUAAAAUUGGGCUGUGACUGUUUAGAGAGUUAUUUGAGUGUAAGUAAAUUAAUGUUUUCAUUGAGAUUUAUCUCCCAGUGAUUCUGGAUUUCUACUCAAUAUUUCCAGAAAUCAGAUCUGCAAAUGACUAGUCAAAUCUUACUUAACAUGAGAUUUAACACAUCAAUGAAAUCUGCCUUGUCUUAUUCCACUAGAUUGUUACCUUAACAACAAUUUUGUAAAUGUGUGUCAAAAGUCUCACUUGGAAGUAGAUUUUUUUCUUUUAGAGAUUUCUGCAGAUAUUCAGGGACGUCCCUUGGUAAAUGAAAUAUUAAGACCUUAAGCCUCUUGGUGAGAGGUAUUUAUUAAAAGUACAAACUCA